AUGGCGCUACUGGACUUGGAAGGUUUGAGAGAACUACAAGACUGCGCAAACUAUCUUCUCGAUCACUGUCCAGAAGCAAGAGAUCAACAAGGGAAAGAGAACUGGAUCGAGCAAGUCUCUGAAGCUUCACUAAUAAUGUUAGAUGUCUGUAAUGUGUCGAAAGAUGUCAUGGCACUCGUGAGACAUGGCCUGCAAGAUCUUCAACUGACUCUGCGCUGUAAUGGAUCAAACCUUAGUGAAAAGAUUGCAGCGUAUAAUCAGUAUAGGAACAAGCUCAAGAAGGAAACGCUCAAGUGUUUAAAUAGUCUAAAGAGUAUUGACGGAGGAAGAGGGAUGAUGGAGAUGCAGAGCAUAGAGCAGAACCUUCUGUUUGUUGCUGAGGUUUUGAGAGAAGUGAGAAGAGCUAUUGUGACUAUGGUUGAGUCUCUGUUCUCGCUCGUGUGUGUUCCUUGGCUCGAGAGAAAACCGAGCAUAGGGUCAUUUUCUUCCAUCUUUACAAUGCAGUUUUGCUGCUUUGAUGAUGCGUGGGACAAAGUAGCGAUGCAGAGCGCAAAUACAAGGUUGGAGGCUGCAGAGAUCACUGUUGAGGAGCUUGAGAUCGAGUUGGAGUGUAUUUUCCGGCGACUGAUUCAGACCAGAGUUUCACUUCUUAAUAUUCUUACAGCUAAGACGUCUCCGGUUUGAUUCCACUUCUGGAAGACAGCAAUCAGAUAUAUACCUGUAAAAAAUUAGAAUUCUAAGCAAAUACAGAAAUAUU